AUGGAGAGUCUCACCCGCCUACAAGACCUGCACUCCGACCUUGUUGCCUUUGCCGAAACGCGCCUCGCAAACAUUGAGCGUCUCUCGUUGGAACUAGAGGAUAGCAUCCAGGAUUUCAGGAAGCUGCUUGACAAGCCAACCUCCACAGCGGGCGAUAGAGAUGCUUACAACAGUGGGAAAAUCACGGUCGGCGACGUGGACUAUGCUAUCAAUGACGAAUUCAGACAUAUCAGCCGUGCCAUUGCCACAACCCUUGAACUGGAUGAGGUUGAGGCCGGCCGACUCCUCAUCCAGAUGCAAGCCGACCCGAAAGCAACAAGCGACACAUUUGUGGUGGAUGCCGUGAGCAAUUUCCACAAUAGAAGAGAUCUGCUGGUUCAAUGCCUGCGGAUCACGCUUCAACAAUCAUUGAACACAGAGAUCGAGCCUGGAAUCCGAGAAUUCUUUCGGAAUACCGUGACGAAGGUACUGGAGACUGAUGGUGGUGGGCCGACGGCGGGCAAUGGAUCGCUCUAUGCGAGAAAAUGCCUGAGCACACUGGAGGAUAUCGAGAGGCUUCAGGUUAAGGUCUCAGAUGCGCUGCAGAGCAAGGCAGUACUGGGAGAGCCACGAGGUCCUGAGUUUUAUGCGACACUCGAGUUUCAAAGAGACAGUCUGUUUAAGCAACACGAGGCUCUCGCUUGCAGUCUGGCAUACCUUUUUCAAGGCGACUACACCCAUCCCGAGGAUCUUCGGAAGCUCAACAGCGCUGUCAAGCGCUUCAACCGCCUGGAAUUCAACCUUAUUCACUAUCUCCCGGCCUUUUCGUCAGCCUUUCGGCAGUAUGGGUCUCCAGGAGCCCAACUCUCCCAAGAGAGUUGUACCUCACUAGAUGCUCUCUUUGGCCCGAUACCCCAGGAUUCGGCUUCUGCAGCCGUCCGGCCCUUUUACGCCGUGCUGAGUCUGUGGUGGACAGUGGAAUAUAGUGGACAGUUCCGAGAUCUGGCAGGCCAUGAUGCGGAUUCAGAGAAGAGGGCAAAUGCGGUGAAGACGGCUCUGAAAGAAGAUUCCUUGGAAUUCAUGCUUGCCAUAUUUACGAGCAUGAACUCUGAUGUGUGGCGACAUCCGGCAAGACAGGAAUUAGUCGCACUUCUUCUUAGCGAAACCGCUUUCGCUCUUGACGGUGACCAGACGUCAUCCUAUUUCCGCCUGCACUUCAUGGAGUCUCUAGACAAUUUCAUCGAAGCAUUCAUUUCAAACAUGCCAGACUCCAUCCGAAAGCUCAAGACCGAGGAGGACGAUCAGCGGCUGAAUCAGCUCGUUGCCAUGCAAGAAGGUCUCCCGCCCGAUCAUAGAGGCGGAGCCGUGAGCAGGCUGCAUCUGGAAUGCCUCCUGGUUCUCAUCUCGUUCUCAUUCGAAGGCAGACCGGAAGCGGCUGAACAGUGGUGGGACGAUCCGGACAGCAAUCUCUAUGGCUUCCUUCAGUGGGCGUCCAGAAGGCAGACAGUCCCCAGAGUGUGUGCCUUCUGUGAGCUCUUGUGUUCCAUUUCUGAGGAGCAGGAAUGUGCCGAAGCGGCCCACAAGUUUCUGCUGGAUGAGUCCCAGCCUGCUUCGACCCGUGGGCGCCGCAACCCGUCCAUGAAUUACCAACAGAUCUUUGCCGAACUCGACCUCUACGCGCACAAGGUCCAUGAGCGGGCUACAACGUCUCAGUUACCGACCAUGCGAAAAGUCCUACCAACAGAUAUGAACGAGCUGGAAAGCCCCGUCAUGCUGUCUUGCUACCUGCGCCUUCUAGCCCACCUGAGCCGGCAGCCCAGCGGAACUCGGGACUAUAUCCUGACUACAAUGAGUCCGGCGUUUCCGCAGUCUUUAUUACUCCUCAGCUCUGGGCCGAUCCCCAGCUAUUUAAGAGCGAGCGUCUUUGCGGCUCUUGACGCUCUGCUCACAGACAAAACAGCGCAAACAGCUACCAUGCUUUGGCAGAUUCUUGAUGACUGGGCAUCCCACAGCCAUGAAAUCCUUCGAUCAGCCACGGACAAAGCUGUCCAGGCUUCCAAACCGACUCUCCUCGACCUGCAAAACACCCUUAUCUCAAUUGCCGUGUCGUUCGACCAGUAUGACACGUUUGUCGUCCUGCUGCGCGAUCUGACUGUCACACUGCCAUCCACUGGCUUGGGCGCUGAUUUGCUUCCGUUCCCCGGUGACCUAGGCUCAUCCUACCGGAGUCCUGGCAUCGGACCAUACGUCGACUUUGUCUGUGGUCAAGUCUUCGUCAAACGCGUGCCCGAAAUUGGUGAUGAGGUUCAACGAUCUAUUGGCUCGUUCCAUUGCCUGGAAUUCGUGGCUGUUUGCUUGGAGGGUUUCAACGAAGACUUCGUGGCAAUGGCAGAUCAUACUAGCAGUUCUCAGCGCCAGCCUGCGCAAGACACACCGCUUGCCGCUGUGUAUGCUCGGCGUAGUCCGUUCGCGAGACUUAUGCAGUGGUUACUCAGCGUUGAAAUGAACAAGGCGCUCUUGGAGACUCUGAGCUUGUCUGCAGAUGUGGUCGAAGGCGCCCUGCCGGAUUCGCCCUUGCUUCUCAACCUGCAACGCGCCAUCGACAUCAUCAAUCGAGUGCUUGACUUGCAGCCGACAUACUUCGACAUAGUGAAACCAAUCAUUCUGGCCCAGCCAACACAGGACGCGCCCCUUGCGCGAACCAGCGUCAGCUGCAUCGAGGACAGUGUGGCUGCUCACCCGGAAGUUAUACUCAAUCUGUGUCAAUACGCAGCGGCCAGCCACUCUGAGCUCGCGCUUCGGGCUCUUGCAUUGUUGCAGAAGCUCUCCAGCUCCCCCAAGCUGAACAAUCACUUUCUGAUGACGGAGUCGGUUCGAGGCCGUACAAGAAGGAUAGUUGACAUGUUGGGUCCGAACGUUGGGUUUGAGCUCGACCCAGUUGCCAAAAGCAUGUCCUCCAGACUUCGAUUCGACAUCAGAGAGCUCGAAGACGGCUUUGAGUCAAUGGGCUAUCUGAUCAAGGAUGGAAUACUAGCGUUCUUCAACGCAUGCCUCGAAGCACAACCAGAGCUCCCGACGCUUGCACAUCUCCUUCUUGGUUUUAGCAAGCUGGGCGAACGUCUGGCCAUUUCCGACUCGAUUGACGCAGGGACCUCUGUCUUCCAUGCUGUCGUCGACCUGAUUCAAAACUACCCUGACAAUGAAAACGGGGUCCUAUUAUCGUGGCUAAUCCACAUCAAGGCUGCCGCAUUGCGGGUGAUGAGGCAGCUUUGGAAUUCGCCUUUGUCAACGUCUAUCGUGGUCGGACAACUUCGCAGACUUCAAUUCCUGCAGUCGCAAUACCUGAGUCAAGUCGUCGUCUCGCAGCAGACUGUGUGGGAUGGCAAUACUGUCCUCCACACCGCGUUUUGGUAUAGCACAUCCGCCGAAGGCCUAGCCGAGUUUCUUGGGCUGCGAGCAUCGCUUUACAACUACACCGCAAUGGAGUUGAGGGCAGCUUCUGCGGACCAAUUGUCAACCACACUGCGACAAGCUUUGUCAACACUGCAAGGAAAGACCACCGACUUUGACGGCACGCUCAUUACAAAUCCCGAUGUUUUCACCCUAUUCGACUUCCUGGAGCUUGAUCUUUCCGCCUCGUUUGAUCUGGAGUCGGAAUUUUAUGCUUCGAUCGAGUUCGACGCUUACCUCACUGAAGCAUUCGAGGGCGCGCCGAGUCUGUAUGAUAUCAAGCUGAUACGCGAGUCGCUCUAUGCUUACCAAGUCGAAAUCAUGCAAAAGGCGAUCGAGAGUCCUGGAAGCAACAAGAUUGACGAACAGGCCUUGAUAGCUGAUGCCGAUCGCAUACUAGCGACCCUGGAAGCGCGCAACCGUUGGACCAUCGCCCACAAGGCUAGGAGUGACGCUUUGCACGAAUAUGUGGAGAUGAUCAUCGCCAUCAUCGAGUGUUGCUCCAUGGAUCAACCAGCAAAGUCCCAGUUUAUCCUGCGGAUGCUCCAAAUCCUUCUGCCCAAACUCGAUGUCUUGAUCGUGGAUGAGUCUGCCGAUGUGGUCGAACUCGCUCGGGCAGCGGAUGCCCUACUCUUUUCACUUUCCGACACGCCGCCGGCGAACACCCAUACAAACAACCUCAUAACGGAGAAGCUGUUCCAGCUCUUCCGCGCAUCAAUCGAGGGAAUACCAGCGACAAACUCCAACGCGAAUCUUCGAGCUGUCUUCUACAGUAUCUGUUCCCAAUACCUCGCCAGAAUCACAAACUUCGGCAGUGACAGCACAGAUGCGAAUGCCAAAGCUCGCAGAAACAGCAUGGACUGCAUCCGAUCAGCCAGCCAGCGCCUGGUGCAGAUUCUGUGCGACGACGCGGAGGAUGGCGUGGAUCCAUGUCGUCUCAAUGCGCUGAACCUCCUAGCCCUGCUUACUUCACUGGCGCGGAUGGAGAAAUCCAACUACCUCCUCAAUGCCCUUGUCAAGGCCAACGCACUGGAGAUCCUCAUAGAGCCCUCGAAGCAUAUCGCCCUCGAGUUCCAGAACUCGGAUCCAGCCUAUCGCCCCUAUCUUCUAUCCAUUUUCGAAGCCCGUAUGCUGCUGCUCCUCCAGCUCUCACGGACGCGCGAAGGCGCCAGCGCCAUCCUCGACGCUGGCCUGAUGGCUGCGACGCGCGAGUCGAUGCUCUUCCGCGCCGACCCCGACCUCGGCAUUUCCAUGGUUCCUCUUGGCCCGGCCGACGACAUCGACAUACCAUAUCCAAGCAUAAACGCAGCUGCAGCUGCAACCGCACUCGGAUCAAUCGCCUCAGCCUUGCACACGUACUAUGUCCUCUUGUCGUCGACGCUGCGGGUGCUUCUGUCGACCUUCCUCUCGCGCGGUGCGCAGAACGAGCAGAUCCAGUUCCUGGCGCGGACCUUCCUCACCGACCACCGUGCGAACAUGGUGGGCGUGUUCAAGAAGUAUGCCGGCGUCAAUGGGAAACUGGACGCAAAGAUCCGGCCUCUGGUCGCGGAGUGUGUCAGGUGCUAUACUGGUCUAGCUACGCUGUCUGGGUUCAUUGAUUUUGAGGAUGCGUCCGGCUUGGAUCCAACACAAUACCAGGGCUUCUCGUGA